CUUAGCCUGGGUAAAGAGCUUUUCACACCCUGUUUGCCAGGCAGCUAUAGCUGCAGCAGUGGGGAAGCUCUAGUGAUCUAGGCUCAAACCAUGACCGAGCCAGUGACUAGCCAGCCAGUCGGUACUGUCUCCCCCGUGACCAUGUCCUCAGAAGGCAGCUGGAGCACUGGCAGAUAUGACUGCUUUGCAGACCUCCCCAUGUGCACUGUGGGAUUUUUGUGCCCAAUAAUCCUAGCCAGUUGCGUAACUUACAAAUACGGAGAGCACUGGUGCCUCGGGAUCGUGCCAGGUGGCAUGACAGCAUUACGGACUCACAUGCGGCUCUCUUAUGGCAUUCCGGGUACCCUUUGCCAGGAUGCACUGGCUAUGUUCUGUUGUGGCUGGUGUGAACUGUGCCGCAUGGCUCGUGAAGUCUACACACGCACCCGGAGUUCCUGAAA